CCGGGCACAGAGCCACGCUCCCGGGAUCAGAGCCAAGAUCCACGGCACAGCAGCUAGAAGAGCUUACAGUAAGGAUUUCUAGGAUCGGGGCAGCAGCAAACAAUCAUCUAGCUUUUAAAACCAGACACAUCCUGCCCGCGGAGAACAAUAUUAAUAGAGAUCUCCCGCUGCCCACUUGAAAUGGCUGGGAAAGCUCCAGCCCCCCAGCCAGCUGCAAUCGAUCCCCUUCUUCACCCCCCUCCAUCAUGUGAUGGUCCUGCCCGAGCGAUUUAAGCGGCGGGAGCUGAGUCACGCAGGGCUGUGGAGCGGGGGCUCGGGGUGUCCUGCAGCAUGGAGCAAGGACUGGUGGUUACUCAGCUGGACAUCCAGCCUGGGGAGUGCAUCAAGGUGAAAGGGAAGAUCCUGUCUGAUGCCAAAGGGUUUGCUGUGAAUGUGGGGAAGGACAGCAGCACCCUCAUGCUGCAUUUCAACCCUCGCUUCGACUGCCACGGAGACAUCAACACCAUCGUGUGCAAUUCGAAGGAGGGGGGCACGUGGGGUGAGGAGGACAGGAAAGGUGAUUUUCCCUUCCAGCAUGGUGACAAGAUUGAGAUGUCAAUCUCCUUCAAUGAAGCAGAGGCAACUGUGAAGCUGCCUGAGGCAGAGUUCCACUUCCCUAACCGGCUGGGCAUGGAGAAAAUCGAAUACCUGGCUGUGGAGGGGGACUUCAAAGUCAAAGCCAUUAAGUUCAGUGACAAGCUAUAGCUUGGUUUGUUUUGUUUCCUUUCCUACCCCCGCCCCCCUGCACAGUGAAAUAAACCCAAAUUUGCAGUGGC